AUGGCGAAGAAUGUCUUCAAAGCCUUCGCUGGGGGACAUACAGAACCGUCUGGCCCUUCAACGAGCACCGGAAAUCACACGAAAAACGUGCUGCGGAUAUUCUCACCCGGGAGCGAUGGCACCCCUUCGAACAGUGCCAAUGAUAAGUCCGGCGUGGGCACCGCUGCCUGCAUAGCUGUGGUCGGAGGAGCAAUUGCUGCUGCUGGUGCUGCUGCUGGAUAUUAUGCUGGGACGUAUGCGAGCGGGCAGGACAGAAGGCAAGCCGAUGCACCUGACUUGGCGGUCCCGAUGGUCGAAAUCAUAAACGAGGAGCUGUACACGAGCGAAGUGAAGGAGACUACAACCACCCGCGCGGACGGAUCUACUACCACCGAGAAGACGAGCAAACAGAGCAAACAACGACGCGAGAAAAGGGUUGUCAGGCGGCAGCCGCGACAUGCGCAGGCAGAAGGGGCACCGGGAGUGCCGCCGAGGGCUCCGGAGGCUGAAAUGAGGAGACGUAUGGCCGUCGCCCUCAUGGGACAAGGCUAG